UUUAUCAAUGAGCAUCGUCUUCACGUGCUGGGAUUGUCCCGCUGCACCUGCGAGGCGACAGCUGGAGAUCCCGCAGAGAAAGUGCUCACUCUCAGGUUGUGCUGAUGGAGCCCUCUGAGCAGAAGCAGAAGUGCUUUGAUCCAUGGCGUGACUACCUGGGCCUCGCAGACCUGGUCACAGCCAUGCGGACAGCCAACUCGAGAGUUCCAGAAGUUCCCUCCGAGCAAGCUUCUGGGUUUGGUUGGAACGAUUGGCCACCAUCACCAGUCUCUCCACCUUCGUUAUCCUCAUCACCAUCUUCAUCCUCGGGGCAUAGUGGCAUCAUUGAAUGGCAAGUCUCUUCAGUUCACUUUUCACAUCGUGUGAGCCAUGAGCAUCAAGCAUCACCACCAAUCAGAGAGUUGACGUCACCUGGAAGUGUUUCCUAUUCCUACUGGAUGUCAUCGCCAGUCAGACAGGAGAAGCGAACUUCAGCCAACAACUCAAGACCAUCGGAUAAAUUUUUCUACUGGGUGUCAUCCCCAGCCAGACGGAGGAAGCAUGUGGUCAGUAACUGCUCGACACCACCCAGUAGCGUUUCAUCUUCCUGUCCAGAGGAGAAACAGCCCCAGCAGCAGCAGUGUGGCUUCUGCAAGCAUAAUGGUGAGUCAGAGAGUGUGUUCACCUCCCACCGGCUCAAGGAUCACAGCGGUUCAGUCAUCUGCCCUUAUUUAAGCCGCUACAUGUGUCCAGAGUGUGGUGCCACAGGAGCGCAUGCCCACACCCUCCGCUUCUGCCCCCUGGUGGACAGCACGUACAGCUCAGUGUACAACAAAUCAGGGGGACAAGACAAAAAAAGGCAAAAAUGAAAAGAAAAUCACGUGAGCAGGUGGGAGUUUUGCAAAGUGGUGGUGUUUUACAGAGCUGGAUUUUUACUGCAGUUGGAUAAUUUAGGCCCAAAGUUGGAGACUGUCCAAUGGGAAUGUCCCUCAGCUUGGGCAGGCUUGGCUUUAAGCUGAAGUCAUCUGGCUGACCCGAGAAAUCCUGCUUUGUGAAAGAUCCCCAGCAGGGUAUUUCACAAGAGGAAGGGGGAAUUCUCAGUUUAACGUAAACUGAUAACGUAACUGAUAACAGAUAACGUAAGCCUAAACUCAAGCCUGUCCAAAAAACAGAAGAGCUGAGGGACAGUCCUUACCAUUAGGCUUACCUGUCUAAUUUAGAAAUGUGAAAUAAACCCCAGAACAAGAAUCCUGUAUAGUUAAAACAAGAACAUGACCAGGAAAAGACAAAAGGAAAAACAAAAAUAGUGACCAGGAGGGAAAAGAAAGAACAUGUGUCCAUAGUUCAAAAUAACAUGACUUUUCCCUUCAUGUAAAGCUCCCCAGUAGCUGGCUGUAGGGGAAAGUGCUUUUUUACCUUUGUUCACUCUGAUUUGGUUUGCAACAAGAAGGUGAUGUGACAUUGACACCUUACUGCUACUUUUAAUCUAAAGAUUAUGCUAUAGUGCUUUUACGUUUUUCCUUUUUCCACAAGAAAACAUCUCACUGAAGAAAAUACAGUUUGCUUGAUUCAAAUGUGAUCUUGUAACAUAAUGAACCUCUUUAAACGCAAGCGGUGGCCGAAUUUGGAAUAAAGUGAGCGCAAAAAAACUUACAUUUAUCACAAGUAGGAAAUAUACUGGAACAGCAUAUCAUUAUUUUUAAGUUUGAUAACUUUUUGGCAGUAAUUAUGUUGGUCAUGUGCAAACAUUUGGGUCAAGUUCCAUGUUUUGUUGAUUUAAGUGAAAAUAAGUGAACACAUCGUCUACAGAGAACACACUACUGCGUUUUUUUAAAAAUACAAAGUUAGAGAAUGUAACACAUUUGAGGGAAAAAAAUAAAAUAUUAAAGGUGGCUUGUGCAAAAAAUGGCAAAUUUUUAUUAAGCUCAGCAAGUAAAUAGAAGUUGUACUGUAAAAUUCACUUAUUUUCAAUGAAACAUAAUUUGACUGAGGUGUUAAAACUAGCAUCCAACUCUUAUUUUAUAUAUAAGAACUUAUGUUGCUUGUAACAUUUGAAUGCAGUAUUUCUGUUUUCGGUGUAUAACGUUACUUUUUGUGUUUUGAAAUUUAGUCGUAAUAUUGUUUAUUGUUGUUUUAAGUGUUUAUAGAGCUGCAAAGGCCGUGCUGUAAAGACGUGGAAAGGCCUGUGGAUUCCAGUUUGUGUUAGAACUGCAUGCGCUUGGUUAUACUCACUCGUGUGCACUUUGUGGUGAUCAUUUGUGGAUUUUUGCAUUUGUUUAUGUGCCGUUUCACUCGUGUGCAUGUUUUUAGUAGCUUAAGUUGUUUGAAGCCCAUUGACAACAAACUUGUAUUCACAGGUUCGAAUCUGCGUCAGUUCAGUAUGAAUGUUAUCAUUUUUAUCAUUUAGUUGAGAAGCUCAUAUUCAGCAUUCGCUUUAAUGUUAAAUAUCAGCAGCAGAUGAAGGACGGCUCUUAAGUUCUUUCUGAUUGAACUGCUUGUGUUUGAUGGAAAAAUAACUUUUUAAAUGUUUUUAUUCUCUUAAAACGACAUUGCCUUAUUUUAAGAUGUGUGUUGACGUAUCUGCUUAGCUUUACGUGCCUUUCUAGUGUGACUUUAAGCACUUUUGGGUUUGUUUGCAUGUACAAAUACUUUGAAUAUCUAAUAAUGUGUUACGUAAUGAC